CGGCCAGCUCUUAUUGCCCAUCUAUGAUAUUGUUCCUUUGCCAUCCUUUACACAUUUCUCAGGUAAUAGAUAACAGUGGAGUAUUAUUGGUAAACUUAUUGCGUAUUGGGAUAAAAGAAAAUAGCUAUAAUGUGGGUAACUAGAAUCACAAAUCAGAAGUUGGAUUAUUGAGAUGUGUAAAUGGUUACCCAUGUUGACGUCAAUGCCAAAUAUCGGAUAAAAGAUCAGGGAUAUAUCUUCAAAAUCUAAAACCGGAUAUAUGUAGUAGUAGACAAAGUACGACUAAAGACUGAGGAUAGUGAUUAUUAGGCGCCUGGUGCCAGACGGGGAAAUACAGAUUCAAACUGUGAUUAAACCCAUGUGAGGAAAUAAAUUAGGAGCACAUGUCCUUUAGAAAGAGUGAAAUGAACAAUUAGAAGAUGAGAGUUUUGAAUGAAAAUUACACAGAAUAAUGGCCAGAUUGAUUUCUAAACACAAUCUCAGUUAUGAGGGAGACAAAAACCACACCUUAAGAUAACCUUUGUAUCGUAAAGAGCUCACUAUAUAUUUGAACAACUUUUCUGAGCCAUUUUUAAAGUGUAGCUGAAUUUGACUUCGCUGGCAAAUAUGUGUACACUUUUUAAAGAAUGCAUUAUUGAUUUUUGUGAAAAUAAUCCAUUAAGUGUAUUCAUGUACAUUGUUAACGGAAGAAGUUAGUUUGAAACAGUCAGACUUGUGGUAAUAUUAUAAACAAGAUUGUACUGAGGAAAAGGAUAUAGAGUGCUUUACAAUCUCGGAUAUGACAUAAUACACUUUUGAUGAAUUAGUGUGUGAAUUGAGUCAGUGAUUAAGGCCAACAGAGCGUCUUGGAUAUGGACUUGUGCUGUUCUGUGAAGGAAAACCAUCCCAGUACAAUGUAAGUUUUAAUGUUUUGAGUGAGAAAUUUACUUUUUCUUACAAGGUUUGUCUUGUGAUUGGAUUAUCCACUGGAAUUUUUAUGAUAAGAUGUGGUACUAUGGAAUUAACCUGGACUUUCUACAUGUGCAUUUUUUCGAAGUCAAGAAAAAUUAGAAGAGGUGUGACGUCUGCUAAUUUGUGACAGUCAAGAUGGAGGGACAGGCGACUGAAGUUGACACUGCCUCAGUAAAUGGACAGCGUUUAUUCAAUGUACAGAAUAUUUAUGGAACUCCACAGAUUCCACGGAAACGACCGUGUAUUCAGGUGCGACCUCGGAGAAUGACCCUGAUUGACCUGAGAAAUGUGUCAUUAUCAGAGGAAGAUGUACCACACAGAAAAUCCAGCUCGGGAACUGUCCGAUCUGAGGGCGGUCUACCUGCAUCACAGUAUUACUCCAAGCAUGGUAUACUGCCUAUCUAUGACAGUACCGAUAGCUUGGACUCUAAGCGUAGCAGUACUGGUAUGAAAAUACGAAGAAUUCCAAGUUUACUGGAUGGAACAACUAGAUUUCCCAAGUUAGAAGAAUGUGCACACUUUCAUUAUGAUGUAGUAGAACUAGGACCUAUUGAGGUCCACCUAUGUGAUGACGACCGUGAAAAUUACCACCAUAAUGAAGAGGAAGGAAUCGAAGAUACAUUCCUCAUGCGUGUCAAAUCUAAUGAAAAGGCUUGGAACAUUCGACGGACAUUUGGUAACUUUCGUAGUCUGGAUAAGCAGUUGCAUCGAUGCAUCUUUGAUCGUAAAUUUAGUCAACUUGUAGAAUUACAGCGUCAAGAUGAAGAGAAAGAAAACACAGAUCUUCGGAGGAUAUUACGCCGAUAUCUGGAAAGAUUCUCCUAUUUGGCUGGUAGCAUGAUCAAUUGUGGAUCAGUUUUAAACUGGUUAGAGUUGGAUAAUCGUGGAAAUCGUUUAUUAGCUGUAGAUGAUUCAGGUAUUAACACGCCAGCUAUAGCCGCAGCUCACGCCAUUAAAAGAUACAACGCACAAGCAGUCGAUGAGAUUUCUUUAGAGGUUGGAGAUAUAGUGUCUGUAAUUGACAUGCCGCCAGCUGAAGACACAAUAUGGUGGCGAGGGAAAAGGGGUUUUGAGGUUGGUUUUUUCCCUGGAGAAUGUGUGGAAGUUAUCGGUGAUAAAGUUCCUAAUUCUAUGGCCACUCGUAUUUUGCGUCGAGCUGCCUCCAAAAAACCCUUAAUACGACGACACGGUAAAUUGAUGUCUUUUUUACGCACCUUCUUCUCUACACGGCCAGCCAGAAAUCAGUUAAAACAGUCGGGUAUUGUUAAAGAACGAGUUUUUGGCUGUGAUCUUGGUGAACAUUUACUCAACUCAGGACAUGAUGUGCCAUUAGUAUUAAAAAGUUGUACAGAAGUUAUUGAACGUGAUGGUAUUGUAGAUGGUAUAUAUAGAUUAUCAGGAAUAACGUCUAAUAUACAAAAACUCAGGUUAGCUUUUGAUGAAGAUUGUGUACCUGAUUUACGUGAUGAUUGUUAUUUACAAGAUAUACAUAGUAUCAGUUCAUUGCUCAAGAUGUAUCUUAGAGAACUCCCUAAUCCACUCUUAACUUAUCAAUUAUAUGAUAAAUUUGCUGAUGCUGUUCGAGAUGAAGAUAACAAGUUAUUACGUAUACAUGAUGUUGUACAACAGUUACCUCCUCCACAUUACAGAACCACAGAGUAUUUAAUGAAACAUUUAGCCAGGGUAGCAGAGCAUAGCCAUGAAACUGGUAUGCACUCAAAAAAUUUAGCCAUAGUGUGGGCUCCAAAUCUUCUCAGAUCUAAAGAAUUAGAGAUGGGUGGUGGUGCUGCAGCGUUACAGGGUGUAGGAAUACAAGCUGUUGUUACAGAAUGUUUAAUAUGUUAUAGUGAUAUUAUAUUUAGUGAUAAAAUGCCAUCUUACUCAUCACCCGAACUACAAAAAGCGCAUAAAAAGCCGAGACCGAAGUCUCUGGCAAUAUCAACACCAACAAGAUUAUUAACAUUAGAAGAAGCGAGGGAAAGGGCGUUUGUAGGUGGUUUAAUUCCUAUGAAUCAGAAAUUUAUUGAUGUUGGUGGAGGUCCUGAUAGUCUUCCAGCUAAAUAUCAUACAGUCAUAGAUUUACCAGGGUAUAAAAAAAAAUCUGUCUCAACUAAAACUAAGAAAUCUCCAGUUAGUGGAUGGAAAUCUAUAUUUUCUAAACCAAGAUCUGGCAGUAUUAAAAAAGCACGUAAAUCCAGUAUUCAAGAUAAUCUCAGCAUAACACCAGUUCAGGGUAAAGCUCUCACGGAAGAAGACGUCCACAAUUGGAAAAAGCGAUUACGAAGUGCCAAAAGUGCAGAAUCUCUGCUCUCAUUGGCCAGUUCAAAUCGCAGCAGCGGUGGUCGGAUAGCUAAGGCACCAGAUAACACAAUGGUUUUAAAUGUCUAUAAAGAAGAGCGACCCCACCAUAAAAGAUCUUUAUCAUCCGAUGCUACAGCCAUUUUAUCGCAGCAUUCCCAUAUUCCCAUAUUUCUUGAAAGUGGGCGUGAAAUGCCUAUAGAUGUUGAUUCGUCUGUUGUACCUCAUGUUAUGGAAGACAUAGAAAUGUCACCAUCAAGAACGUCUAGACCAAUGAGACGUGAGGAUCCAGGAAAAGGUUCGUUCAUUCGUGGAGAUUCGUCUAGGUUGCCGUUACAUCAUCGUCGUACACCAUCUGCACCUAAUACUCCAAAUCAAGAACGUAGUACGACUAAAUCUCAACAGGUCUCGGCUCAUCAGAAGACUCUUUCACAACCGGCUUUAGAGAGUCCUUCCCAAGUUCAACGUAGACAAGUGUACACAUAUAUCCAUUCAUCCGAGGAAAGCUUAAAUGGUGAACAUUUCAUUGAUGGAAACACGGGAAAGCCAAAAAACAAUCUCUCUCCAAUAAGUAGUCAAGCAAAAUAUGCUAAAUCUGCUGAAGAACUUACUCCUCAAAAACGUUCAGCUAAAACUCCGCCUAAAGGUCGUAAAAAAACUAAAAAUAAUUCACCUGAUAAAUCACCUAAGUCUCCACCAUUAAAAGAAGUGGUACAGUUGCCUGAAAGUCCAGGUGCACGGAGAAAAAUUAAGUUGGGAGAUUCACCUGCAAAACCGUCUGACACAAAUCAGUAUUUCUUCUCUCGGACUCAUGAUUAUGCCGAAAUAAUGUCAGAUGAGGAAAAUGGGCGGAAUCGUGAUUCUAGUUAUCGUGAUAGUGAUAUUUUGUGUUCUCCGUGUGAUAUGAGAGAUUUUAUUGAACACAUAGAUAAUAAAUUCGCCAAGCAUAAACAAUCGAGUUCGUAUGUUGACGAUUCUCCUGAGAAAAAAGAACGCUUAUCAAAUGGUUCUCAGACUUCGUGGCAAAAUAAUGAACAAUUUAACAGACGUUUAAAUGAUUCGUAUGAUUACGCUCAGGUUCAAAAGCGAACACCUCAACAGAAUGGCUCUCAAAUCUCUCCUACAGUGGCUGGUUUAGAUUAUACCCACACUGAUAGUCAGAGGUCACAUGAUAUUAAAAACUAUAAUUCAUCAGCUAGUGCUAAUAGAGAAGCUGUGGAACUCGGUUCACACAUCCACAAGUCUUCAUCAAAAAACAAAAUGUCAAAAUGUUUAAGUGUGCCGUCUGACAUUGCUAAAUCAUUAGAAAAUAUUACUGCCGGUAGUAAUAUGGACUUAUUGUCAUCUGUUACUAUUAGUGAAUUAUCUCAAUCAGUUGACAGCUUUAAUCACAGUUUUAAUCAUGAAGAGGGUCGUUAUGUUCGAGAUCCUCGCAGACGGCGAAGUGCAUCAUGUGACAGUUUAAAUGCUGCCGAUUCACAAUUAUGUCGGACUUUACGUGAAAUAAAUCAACAAAUGGACAAAACUUUUCAGCAGAAUGUUGAUAGGGCACUACAGUUAGAAGGGGAAGGUUACCAUCGUCAUGAACACGAUCGAAACAAUGUUCACUCUCUACACUUGUCCGAGUCUUACCCUUCUGCUGUUGGUCAAAAGAGAAGUUUUCAUAAUUCUUACGAAUGUAUCCCAGAUUCAAACUCAAAAUCUCUAAUAGAAGACCAUCAUGAAAAACUUUCUAGAGAAAAUCCAACUUUUCUCUCGAGUAUACCGUUAGAUUUAUUUGAAAAUAACACAACAGAAAUAUCUAGCAAUAUGAAUAAAUCUCCAAGCUAUACUCAAGAUACUCACACAAACUCUAUAGCAGGAAUUUACCGUCGACGAAACUCUUCUUCAUCUGACUCAUCGACCGAAAUGGCUAGAGUGGAUGUAACUAGACAACUGGGGGAUAAACCAUCUUUACAUCAUCAGUAUGAGAUCAGCGGCCAUGCCAUGUUUCCUGCUGAAGAUGAAGAUCAAACAGCACCUUUCCCUGUUGAUCUUACUAGUUCGCAACUUUAUACUCAACAGUUGAGAGAUAGAGAGUUAGCAUGGAGAAACAGUGGUUCAUCUGAUGGUCCUGAUUAUGCUAGAAUAAAUAAAAACAUAACUAGUCCCACUUUGGCAUCGACUAACGGCUCUGGUCAAAACUUACAGAGCAUACAUCAACAAGAUAAACACAGCAGUGUUAUAAUUAAUACAUCUUAUGAUGGACUGAACAAUAAUGAACCGCUUUACUGCCAGAUUAAUCGUGCCAAUCCACAAACAAUAACAACCAGUCCCAUCACUUUCGAUGCUAGUCCUAAACCUAGUCCCCGCUGCAGUCCUCGAAAUCUUCAGUCCAUGCCACAACAACAGACAUCUUCAAAUCUUUUUGUCAAAUCUUCUCUACCUCAAACUACGUCUCCCAUACCUGAUGGCUGGCAGACACCAAGAACUUUCAGACGUUCAGAUGAUAACACUGCGUUCACCCAACAAAAUAUUACAUCACUCAGUCAAAGUUUAAACAUGUCUGCAGAUCAGGUCAUGAAUAAUCAGCUCCACACAUCCACCUCUUUACCAGAAGUCCAUGUGCAUCAAGACACUCUUACAGUUCAGAAACCGACCAUCAAAAAGUCCACAACUGUAUCAGAAUUGGAGAUGGAUUCCAUCAUACAAAAAGAAUUGGAAUCAUGUUUCAAUACAGAACCAUCAUUCAACACAGAACCAGCUGUUCAAUCCACAUAUGUGCCAGUUCCAAAACCCAGGAAAACAGUUUCGGAAUUGAGGGCAGAAGAAGAUACCAGGGACAGUGAUCGUAUGACUAUUGAAGAUAUCAAGCAAGCUCAUAAAGCAGUCAGAGAAGGUGAAAAGAUGUUGCAGAUGUUGGAUUCUUCUAAUGCUGGUAAGAAAUUGGAGGAUGUUGUCAUGGAACAUAUAGAUGUACCAAAGAAUACAAAUGUACUCCGAGAACCAUCUCCUAAUUUAUUUCUGAGAUCAUCGCCACACCCCAGAGAACCAUCUCCUAAUUUAUUUUUAAGGGCUUCUCCAGUGCCAAGAGAACCAUCUCCAAAUUUCUUUUUGAGGGCUUCUCCCUUACCUGAUGAAGCAGCACCAAUUAGAGCUUCACCAGUACCUAAUACACUUGUAGAUGAUGGUAAUGAUAAAAUGACCAAUGAGGAUAUUAGAAAAGCUCAUAAAACUGUCAAACAAGGUGAAAAAAUGUUGAAAGUAUUAGAUUCUUCUAAUGCAGGAAAGAAGUUAGAAGAUGUGGUUUUUGAGCAAUUAGAUCCUACUCCAAAGUCUAGAAGCAGUUUUACAGAACGACGUACAGAAUUAGAAGCAUGGCCUACAGCUGAUCAGCAACCACAACGACAUAGCUGGCAAUUUUCAGGACGUCAACCGGAGUUUGAUAAUUCUCGAAGAUUUUCUCCACAGCCCAUAGAAAUCCAACAUCGGCCAAUGACUGAACAACCUGCACAAUCUGACCAUAAUCGUAUGACUAUCGAAGAUAUUAAACAAGCUCAUAAGGCUGUGAAAGAAGGUGAAAAAGUUCUCCGUAUGCUGGAUUCCUCAAAUGCGGGACAGAAAAUGGAGGAUUUGGUAAGAGAACAACAAAUGGAAGCAGCACCAAAACAUAGAUCCCAAAUACCAGUAAUAGAUUAUAAUUCACGAGAUGUCACCAUGGUGAGUCCUAGACCUGACAUGAUCAUUCCUGAUCAAUAUCCCAUGACAAAUCUUGGAAUGGAUAUAACAAUGAAUGCUUCAAGAAAUCGAGUGCCAUCACCUUUUUUACCAAAUGAAGUUCCUCUUACAGUUGUUACUAAUGAACCCCCAUUACCUGUUGUUCGAAAUGACAUACCAGUACUUACAACUGUUCCAGCAGCUUCUAAAAUGGAUGAGAAGGGAGGUGAUGAAAGGAUGACAUUAGCAGAUAUCAAAAGAGCUCAUCGAACUGUUAAAGAUGGUGAAAAGAUGCUCCAAAUGUUAGAUUCAUCAAAUGCUGGAAGAAAGCUAGAAGAUGUUGUUUUUGAGCACAUAGAAGUAGAUUUACCAAGCAAUAGAAAUUCGGCCGAUUACACUGUCAUUCAAAAACCCAGCACAAUGUCAAGUUCUUACUCCGAUUCAUCCGGUUCACACCAUGGUCGACCUUCAAUGUCAAAUUCCUGGUCCGGUUCAUCAUCAGAAAACAGUGAUACAAAAAAAAACUUCAGUACAAAAAAAAACUCCGAUAAUGCAGUUUUCAUUCCAGCAAGUCAUCUUCCCGCCACAGUAAUUGAAAGCAGAUGUGAAAAAACAGCCCCAGAUCCCACAGGAGAAAUAACAGAGUCUCAAUUAUUACGUGUAGAAAGUUUUGGGGAAAUUGAUUCAGAAGAAUUUCAAAAUGUAAUCAAUAGAGGUAAAGCUUUAAUACAGGCUGACAAAGCUCAUAUCGACACAAAAAUAUUGCCUACGUCUCAGGUUAUUCAAAAAAAUACAUCCCUGGAAAGUAGGAUAUUACCUGGACAACCCAUUGCUGUUUGUCGAGCCAGUGAUGUAUCAAAUGUUAACGUACCUCAUGGGGACAUCUUACGUGCGCCAUCUUUCAUAUCAAGCGCUGUUGCUCCAGUUCCCUCACCAAAAGCUAGAACAUCGGUUAGAAUUGGCACAAAUGACAUACCCCCUCCACACCAAGAGGUCAUUGAAGUAACUCGACCAUCAGUAAUAAAAGGCAAGAAAGGGCCAAAAGAAAACAAAAAUGCAAAAUCAGUUCACUCCUGUAAAAUGUCCUAUCCACCGCGUCAUUUAGCUGAAUAUAUGGAUGAUACUUCUGAUUCAUUAACCACUGACUUCUCUAGCACAGGUCCAUCAGAUGCUGAUCCAUCUGGGUUAUCAAGUACUGAUGACGAUGUCUUUUCCGAUGUCAAUGAAAGUUCACAAGCCUUCAGAAGAAACAAAUUAAUUGAAAAUAGGGAUUUUGAUUUCCGGGCAAGCUUAGGUAAAAUGGAAAGGGUUUCAAGCAUCGAAAAGGUUUCCAGUGAUCCUGUGAAGAUAUCAGUCAAAGCAGUGGAUGAAAUGAUCAGCAGUCGUUCCUCUUUAGAUGAAUCUUUGUUAACAAUUGUAGCUGAACGGCAUGAUAUAUUUGGUCCAGAAGCAGAGGAAGAGCCUGGUUUCAAUACAGGAUCCUUAAGGGUCAAACGAUCCCAAAAGUUAAAGUCACUAGUGGAACUGUUUGAAAGUGUGUCAGAUAACAAUGAUUCUGAUUCUUCUAGCCCCAGUACCAGACCCAAAGACAGACGCCAUAUGACAUCAUCCCAACCUUCCAUGUUAACACAUUCUAUUGAAUCAUCAUCAAAGUACGAGGCAGACACAGAUGAUGAAUUAACACCUACUAGGGUAAGAACUAAUAGCUUUCGUCACAGAUCGCGAUCCCGGUCGAGAGAUCGAGCUAGAAAAAGCAGUGGACUUGGUUCAGACAAGGAAAAUCGUAUGCAAUCAAGGAGUCCCACACCCAACCGCAAACCACCAGGUGGUGAACGUACUCGAGAUUUAGAUUUUCCUCCACCUCAAGGUUCACCAAGUGACAGUAGUUCCGAUAGAUCUAGAAAACAAAAAUCUAGAUCCGAAAAAUAUAGUAGUAUGGGAAAACCUCCCAAAUAUAGAAGUAACUCUCGUACAAGAACUCAAAGUGAAUCUUCAACAUCAGAAUCUGAAAGUUCGCUACAUCAUGAUCAUACACUCCUUCAUAGACUAACCGAUUGUGAUGUUAUUUUAAGGGAUCAAAAUCGAACAGAUCUGAGAUUUCGCGAAACUGCAAUUCGUAAAUCUAUAGAGGAUAGUCUUCCUGAAAGAUGUGAUUUACAACGAAGAGGCAGCAUUAAAGAAUUACGUGAAUUUUUCGAAUGUCGUAAAUCUGACCCUGAUCAAGAAGAAUCAACUUCUUCAGCUGUUAAAACAAGUCAAGAUAGAAUCAAAAGUGUUUCUCCAUCGUUUAGGGAGACGUCUGGUAGAUCUGAAAUAUCUUCCACGUCUGCAAUGAGGUUUAGUCUUGAACUACCCAGUGGAUCAACAUUAUCACAUGCCGAAGGAGUUCUAAAACCUCAGGCUGUGAGAUUAGGACCAAAACCAUUUUAUGGUUCCAAAAAGUGACCAUCGUUAAAUCAUCUGUGAAAAUCAAGACUCAUUUCUGUGAAUGUGGAAUAUAAAAUAAAAGAAUUAUUUGCUGGUUAAGUAUUAUCUAAUAUUGUGCUAUAUAUUUACAUAAUUCAAAAAGCUUUUUAUAUUGUUUUUACUGGAGUACAAGGUGUGACUCUAAGCAUUUCUUUUUAUCUUGGGGGAAAGAGUCAAUUGUAAAUAUUUGUAUGUAUGUAUAUCUUAAGUUUGAAUUUUAAACAAGUGCAAAUAUAUUCUGAGUGUGUUUAUGUUAUGAUUGUCAGCAGGCUCUCUGAUAUAUCUUUGUAUAUUUUUAAUAUAAUACGUUUGUAAAUAUUGAUAUGGAGAGUGUGAAAUUAAAUAUAUCAUGAUUGAGCUCUGAAUGUGAAUAUAAAUCCAAGAAUGUCUACAUAAGAUGCAAGAUACAUGUAGUGGGACAAAACUUUAAAAAUGUAGCUGCUCAAAACUGGUGACAAUGAAAUUAAUGCUUCAAAUUUAUCAAGAUCUUUAUAGAAAUUUCAAUAUAUAUAAAGCUCAAAGCGUUAAGAACAAAUUCAUGAAGUAAUCCCCCAUCUGCAAUAUAUAAAUAAUUAAUGUCACAAUAUGUAUAUUAUCAAAAAUAAGACAUAAUAUGUAUUGCUUUAUAUUGUUUGAUACACGAGACUAGUCCAACUGUACAUAGAUUUUAAAUUAAAAUUUUAUUUCCAAGACAAUGGCAAAAAUUGACACAUUCGAAUUAUAUAUGGCUUGGUUUGCUGAUUUUAAUAUUUUAAUUGUAAAGUUUUAAUUUGAAGUGAAGAUUAUAGAUAUUUGUAUUUAUUUUAUUAUUUAAGAAAUGUUUUUGUGCAUAUGUUUAUAAAUCUUGCCAGUAUUUAUGUAGCUGUCUUAUUUUUUCUUCUUUCAUCCGCAGUUUUUGUUCGUAUUUCUGCACCUUUAUUUUAGUUCAUGCCUCAUUAAUUAGUAAUUUGUACAUUUAAUACUUGUAUCUUAAUAAUAGAAUAAUGGAGUUUUAAUUUUAUCAUAAUGUGUAUUCAUUUGUAAAUUCUAGAUGUAUCUCCACAACCGCUAUAUUUUACAAACUCUUGCACAUUAUUCAUAAUUACAAUAAGACAUUUAGACCAUUGUAAAUUAUUCAAUUCAUUUUCUUCUUUUUUUUUAUUGACGUAUGCCUACCACAAUUAUUUUUAAAUGUUGUUUUUAAAAAAGAUGUGUGUCUGCCAAAUUUUUAACAUUUUAUUUAACAAAGUUGUCUGUUGCUGAUGUUAGGGAUGAAUUUAGGUUGAAUAUAGCUUUUACUUCGGCUAUAACUAAAUAUCAUUAAAAACAAUUCAAUUUAAAAGCAGUGUUUAUCUGUUAAUUCAAUUUGAAUUAUCCAAAUUUAGAAGUUGAUCAUAUAAAUUUUUAUUAAAUUAGUGUUUGAUUAAAAUAUGAAUAGAUGCAAAUAAUCCAUAAUGAGAGAUAACAUGUUAAAAUUGUAUAAUUGAUAUUUUAGAUUAAAUGAAGUAAAAGUUAUAUAUAACUGAGUGUUGAGAGUAUAGAUACUUAGGAAGCUGUUCAUAAUUUAUGGACUUCAUAAUAAAGCAAUUUAUUUGUAAA